UACACACAUCUCAGUUUCGUAGAAUACACGCGGGAUUUGAACGCGUCAGUGCAAAUUCAAAAAAUUGUGGUGAAAAAGUUUUGUGAAAAAUUUAAGUGAAAAUGAGCAUUUGUAUGCAAAUAUGUGGAGCCACAAUAGUGUGCUUUCUCAGCCUUACUAUGGGAAUUGUUUUUACCUGGCCUUCCUCAUCACUAAUGCUGCUCAGAUCCAAGGAAACAGUCCUGGACAGACCGAUGACUGAUGCAGAGGCAGCACUACUAGGAAGUAUAUCAAGUAUCAGUGCGUUAAUCAGCUGUCCUAUGGUGGGGUUCUUCUUGGACAGAGUGGGACGAAAAUAUUGUGCUAUCAUAUCAUCUUCUACGUCUUUGAUAACCUGGAUAAUGAUCGCCUUCACCACGAAAGUCGAAAUGGUAUUGGCGGCCAUAUUUAUUUCUGGCCUCAGCUGUGCUGCUUUCCUAAUAGUUCCAAUUUUCGUCAGCGAAUUCUGCCAAGACUCCAUUCGAGGGGCAAUGACGUCGGGGUCCAUGGUAUUCUCUGGCAUCGGAAUGCUAGUCUCCUAUCUGUUGGGAGGAUUGUUAGACUACUACACGAUGGCUUAUGUGUGUCUGGUACUUUCUUUCUCCAGCGUACUGCUUUUGUUUUGGUUGAGAGAGUCUCCAUUGUAUCUCAUGAAAGUUGGAAGGGAAAAUGAUGCCGUCAAAUCAGUAGCCUUCUACAGAAGUGCAAAACCAAAUUCUAAAGAGGUUUUGCAAGAAAUGGAUAACAUUCGACGGGCUCUCAGCUUCGGACCAGACACUGGAACUACUGAAGAAGAAGAAACGUUAAAGACGAUCAAGAAACAAGAUAUUUCAGCGUGGGAAUUCUUCAAGCGCUCUAGUUCAACACGCCGCGCCUUCUACAUCACCCUGAUCCUCAUGACGGCAUCCAUCUUCCAAGGCAUAGUGGUGGUCCAGGUGUACGCAGGGCCCUUGUUCGAACAAGUCAUACCAGAAAUGUCGACUACGCUUGCUAGUGUCCUCUUUGCAGUCAUCUGCGUAGUCGCUGGGUUCAUUGCUGCUUAUCUUACUGAUCUCAUUGGAAGAAGGCCUCUCAUCAUAUACUCGUCCUUUGCUGCCGGCGUCUGCUGCAUCCUCUGCGGCACGCAAAUUCAGUUCAACUGGGGCCCUAACUGGGUAACGCCGGUGGUCAUAUACUCAUUCACCAUGUUCUACACCUUCGGCGCUGGGACUGUGCCUUUCGUAUUGAUCGCUGAGAUUUUUUUACCAGAGGUGAAAAGUUACAUCAACAUGUUCUCCGUCGAGUGGUUAUGCCUCUGCAACUUCCUCAUUCUAGUCAUCUUCGAUCCCUUGACCAACCUUAUCGGUCUCGGCUGCGUGUUCUACCUCUUCUCCAGCAUCUGUGUCAUCACUGGAAUCUUCAGCUUCUUCUUCGUACCCGAAACUAAAGGGUUGCCUGUAGAUGAAAUACAAAUUCUUUUUUCGCCGAAGAAAAAAAUCGAUGAAUUUAGUAUGUCUUAGUAUAAAGGUUUAGGUAUAGUCUGAACUCUAUCCGAGCGAACUCCAAAGGAUUUUAAGUAAACAAUUACUUGAAUUCCUUACAAUGAAAAAAGAAUAUGUACACUUCAGUUUCAGCGAAAAGAACAAUUAUUGAAUGAAAACGAAUUAAUUCGAAAGUCUUUUCGCGCUCCAAGAGAACAUAAAGGCUUGUGAUUAUGUUUUAUUUAGAAAUAUAUAUAGCUUUGUUCAACAUACACAAAGCCAAUAAACUUAAACUAAUAUUGUUGAUAGUGAAUAUUAUUAUUUCAGGAUUUUUUUUGUUUUCUACUUCGUGGUACUUAAUGGAGUCUUGGCCUAUUGUGACAUUGUGAUAAAGUUCUUGGUAGAUCUUAAACUCAAGGACAAAAUCGGUAAUAUCGGUAUUUAUUCUGUUUCCUAAGCUAGCCUAAGUAAGAUUAAUUAUUAAUGAAUGCGAAUAAUGUAAGAAUAUAUGUUUACAGAAGGAAAAAUGCCAAAUAUACUUAUUAUUUUUUAAAC